AUGGCGGUGUUGGCAGGAACUGCAGGUGUCGUGCUGCUAGAGUGGCAGAGACACAGUACCGACAGGAAGAGCCAGCACCGGAGCCUUGUUGCUCCUUAUCUCACUCCUGAAGGUCCUCAAGCUUGUUUGGCCGUGACCUUGGGCAAGCCCUGUUCCCUGGUGGCCAAGGCCUGCCUGUCCCUGUUGACAAAUGGGGACAUUUGUCCCAGAGCCCUUCUAGAUCCCAGGAACCAGGACUUGGGCAUUUCUAGAUGUCCUAGAUGGCCCUCGUGGCUCCUGAGGACACCCCCAGGACUCCGGUGGGUUGGCCGUGUUCCCUGCCCACUACACCCGGUGGCCAGGCGCCAAGCCCUCUCUACCACACCCCUUGUGCCCCAGGCUCCCACCAGGGUGUUGAGCAGCAGUCUCACCUCGAGUGCAGCGCGGGCUCCCUGCUGCCUGUGGACCUUGCUCUGUGCCCCGUCUGUUCCCUGCACACUUGCUAGCAGCUGCUGUCCGAGGUGCCCAGCUGCUGGGCCAGGGCACGGGGGAGAGGCUGUGACCAUCUCCCCCCACCCCGUCCCCCAGCUUGGGACCACCUUCUUCCACACAGGGCGGUCGGAGGCCCAGAGGGGUGGUACCUCGGUGGCCCCAGGAAGGUCCCUGACCUUGGGCCCGGAUUCUCGCCUCCACCUACAGUUCACCGAGGAGAAGUUUGGCCAGGCUGAGAAGACUGAGCUCGAUGCCCACUUUGAAAACCUCCUGGCGCGGGCGGACAGCACCAAGAACUGGACAGAGCGCAUCCUGAGGCAGACGGAGGUGCUGCUGCAGCCCAACCCCAGUGCCCGAGUGGAGGAGUUCCUGUAUGAGAAGCUGGACAGGAAAGUGCCCUCGCGGGUCACCAACGGGGAGCUGCUGGCCCAGUACAUGGCCGAGGCGGCGAGCGAGCUGGGGCCCACCACGCCCUAUGGGAAGACGCUCCUCAAGGUGUCGGAAGCUGAGAAGCGUCUGGGAGCUGCCGAGAGGGACUUCAUCCAUGCGGCCUCCGUCAGCUUCCUCACGCCCUUGCGCAACUUCCUGGAAGGGGACUGGAAGACGAUUUCGAAGGAGAGGCGGCUGCUCCAGAACCGGCGCCUGGACCUGGAUGCCUGUAAAGCGAGGCUGAAGAAGGCCAAGGCUGCAGAAGCCAAGGCCACGUGUGAGGGAGAUGCGGUGCCUGACUUUCAGGAGACUAGACCGCGUAAUUACAUUCUGUCGGCCAGCGCCUCCGCGCUUUGGAAUGACGAGGUGGACAAGGCCGAGCAGGAGCUGCGUGUGGCUCAGACUGAGUUUGACCGGCAGGCCGAAGUGACCCGUCUCCUGCUGGAGGGCAUCAGCAGCACGCACGUGAACCACCUUCGCUGCCUCCAUGAGUUUGUCAAGUCACAGACAACCUACUAUGCACAGUGCUACCACCACAUGCUGGACCUGCAGAAGCAGCUGGGCAGCUCCCAGGGUGCCAUAUUCCCCGGCACGUUUGUGGGCACCACAGAGCCUGCCUCUCCACCCCUGAGCACCACCUCACCCACCACCGCUGUGGCCACCAUGCCCGUGGUGCCAACAGUGGCCAGCCUGGCCACUCCGGGAGAGGCCGCGCUCUGCCUGGAGGAGGUCUCGCCCCCAGCCAGCGGGACCCGCAAGGCCCGGGUGCUCUACGACUAUGAGGCAGCUGACAGCAGCGAGCUGGCCCUGCUGGCUGACGAGCUCAUCACCGUCUACAGCCUGCCCGGCAUGGACCCUGACUGGCUCAUCGGCGAGAGAGGCAACAAGAAAGGGAAGGUGCCUGUCACCUACUUGGAGCUGCUCAGCUAAGCAGGCGGGCCCUGGCACUCGUCUGUUGGUGACAGAGGCCCACAGUGGGGACACAAGCCCCAUUCCACCCAAGCCCCCACCCUCCUGCGGUGAGGGAGCCCGAGAGGCCACAGGCCGCAGCCCCUCCGCCAGCCCUGCUUCUGACCUGUGGUGUGGAGCCUGGCCUCCUGCACCCCCGCACCCUAGCUCUCCUGGUCCCCUGGGAAGGGAGGGGUGCAGCCCAGGACCCACGGGGCACCCUUGGCGAGAAGAGCACACCUGUCUUAGCUGCCAAAGGCUGAGGACCAGUGGCAAAGCAGGCGGGCUCUGGCAGCUUGGGCCUGGUGCUGCCCUGGGAGGGGACAGCCCGGCCGGAGACAGGGUGGCCCGGAGCAGCGCCUGCCUGGUGCUACCCUUUCUCCUCCCGCUAGUGCACAGCUGAAGCCGCGCGUGGCUGCAGUCUUCACCUCACACUCACUUUUUAACUGGUCUUUUUACUUCUGCCUGUCUGCUUGCUCUGGCCAACAGUAAAUAAUAAACCCUCCUUUGUGUGUGUUGCCCGGGCUCCUG